UUCCCGUGGUCCACUAUUCCGGAUGAAAUCGAAAACUGUUCUUCAAAAUGUAUGAGUGAUGUCUUUUUGCAACGCGGCACUGCUCCCUCCUACAAAAAGACGAAUCAAUCCGAUUCGUUAGGUGAUAGAACUUCCCAACACACACCAUUCUGGCAAGAAAAAAUGCAGCUUGAUCGGUACCUCUGCUAA